CUCCUCAGAUCCGUUCUCUGCGUUGCCAGCUCAGGUGAGCCCUUGCCAAGGUGACCUCGCAGGACACUGGUGAAGGAGCAGUGAGGAACCUGCAGAGUCACACAGCUGGCCAUCACCAUCUCUAGAUGAGAAGACAGAAAGUAGUUACUUUCCCAAGAUCGCCCCACAAGCAAGUGUAUCCUUGGGGUUUGUACACCUACUUUCACCACGGGGCUCUGCCUGCCCCCACCCCCUCUAGCUGACCAAGUGAGCUGUGAGCCUGGAGCAGAUCCGUGGGCUACAGACCCCAGCCCCAGUGCCUCUGCCCCUGCAGCCCUGCCCCUCGAACUGUGACAUGGAGAGAGUGACCCUGGCCCUUCUCCUACUGGCAGGCCUGACUGCCUUGGAAGCCAAUGACCCAUUUGCCAAUAAAGACGAUCCCUUCUACUAUGACUGGAAAAACCUGCAGCUGAGCGGACUGAUCUGCGGAGGGCUUCUGGCCAUUGCUGGGAUCGUGGCAGUUCUGAGUGGCAAAUGCAAAUGCAAGAGCAGCCAGAAGCAGCACAGUCCUGUACCUGAGAAAGCCAUCCCACUCAUCACUCCAGGCUCUGCCACUACUUGCUGAGCACAGGACCAGCCUCCAGGGAUGGCCUGAAGCCUAACACUGACCCCCAGCACCUCCUCCCCUGGGAGGCCUUAUCCUCAAGGAAGGACUUCUCUCCAAGGGCAGGCUGUUAGGCCCCCUCCCGAUCAGGAGGCUUCUUUAUGAAUUAAACUCGCUCCACCAGCCCCUC